GGGCGAAUGAGGAGGAGGGGCGGGAGGUUGUGCCAGAGCUCCGCCUCGGGACCCCUGGACUGAUUAGGCAGGAAAGAGUACCGCUGGUAAUGCAUAGAGUGCGUUCCUUUGGCCCUGAGUUAGUGUUGUUAGCCCCGCCCCCUCCCUCUUGAGUCUGGGCACUCUUGUUUUGUAGAGGCAGCCCUGGCGGUGGUCGCGAAGCCAGAAGAUGAGGUGUGGGUUUUUCAGGGGAUCAGGUUGCGGAGGAGAAAGCACCUCAAAUGAUGUGUUUGGAUGUGUGGGACUUGGGUUCAGACUCUCUGGCAGCCUUGGCUUCAUAUGUUUGUCCUGUAAUAGGGAAGAUGGAGGCUGGUGGAGGAGCUGGCUACAGCAAAGCCUUCAGACAGUCAAAGAUAAGUCCACAGAGGCCUUGGAGUUCAUGAAACGUGACCUGACCGAGUUCACGCAAGUGGUCCAGCAUGACACCGCCUGCACCAUUGCUGCCACUGCCAGUGUGGUCAAGGAGAAGCUGGCUACGGAAAGUUCCUCGGGUGCGACAGAGAAAGUGAGAAAAGGGCUCUCCAACUUCCUGGGUGUUAUCUCCGACACAUUUGCACCUUCACCAGAUAUGACCAUUGACUGUGAUGUCAUAACCCUGAUGGCGACCCCUUCUGGAACAACAGAGUUAUACGACAGUGCCAAGGCUCGGCUGUACAGCCUUCAGUCUGACCCAGCCACCUAUUGCAAUGAACCUGAUGGACCCUCUCAGCUCUUUGAAGCCUGGCUAUUGCACUUCAACCUAGAGGAGAAGAAAGGGGAGAUCUCGGAGCUGCUGGUGAACAGCCCUUCCAUCCGCUCUCUCUACUCCAAGAUGGUGCCAGUGGCUGUGUCCCAUUCUGAAUUCUGGCAACGCUACUUCUACAAAGUCCAUCAGCUGGAGCAGGAGGAGGUCCGGAGAGAGGUUUUGAAGCAGCGGGCAGAACAAAGUGUUCAUUCAGAGGAGCCAGGCUGGGAAGAGGAAGAAGAGGAAUUCCUUGGGUCAUCCUCCUCCCAGUCUAACGUCUGCUCGCAAUCUCCCCAAGAGGUGAAGCCAGCUUCCCCCACCUCUGCAGCAGUGCUCACUCCGACCCUAGAGGCAUCGGUGGAAAGCUGGGCUAUGCUGAGCACUGCCCCGGCAGAGGUGACUCCAUCGGAAAGCAGCGAAAGCAUCUCUUUGGUGACUCAGGUUGCAAACCCUGCUGCUGCUGCUGCACCUGCUGCUGCUGCUUCACCUGCUGUGCCCUUACAGACUGGAGCCCAGCUCUCUGGGGCAGGGGACAUCUCUCAGAGGCUGCAGGAAGCUACCACAGAGGAGCAGACCUCACUCGUAAAGCCAGCGGAGCCUGCACAUCCUUCCCCAGCUGCUCCAGAGGCAAAGCCUUCCCCAGAGCAACCCAAGGAACAAGCGGAGGCCAAGCCAGUGAGCAGGACAGAGACUCUGCGAGAGGACGGGCCAAUGGAUCUGCGACUCUUUGAACUCAACUCCGACAGCGGGAAAUCCACUCCCUCCAACAAUGGGAAGAAAGGCUCUAGCACAGAUAUUAGUGAGGAUUGGGAAAAGGACUUUGACCUGGACAUGACUGAAGAAGAGGUGCAGUUGGCCCUCUCCAAGGUGGACAUCUCUGGGGAGAUGGAAGAUGAAGAAUGGGAAGACUGGGAAUAACAUGGGGCCGUCACUUCCGUGGUGCAUCUUGGUAUCUUCCCCCACCCCCUUCCCCCCUCCGCACCAUCCAAUGUGAAUUAAACCACAGAGCAACCGG